CGCUUGCCACAACGACAUGUCCAUCUUGUGUGCAAAAACUAAAAAUGGAUUGAUACAAGUCAUGUAAAAUAAUACAGAUUUGGAGAGAUCCCCAGCUUUACCUCAACUCUCUGAAUGAAAUUGUUUUGCAAUCGGGCAGUUUAGUGCUGGGAGCACCUCGCGCUGGUGAAUCUUAGUCCGUAUGACCAUGGCCUAUUUGCAAUAAGUACUACUAGUAGGAAGUAUUUUCUGAGAUCGAUUUCAUAACCGUUUUGGAUCGGUGUGCGAAAGUUCGUGAACACUAUCGACUGGAGGAAACUCAUCGCCUCGCUUUGAUCCUAUUUCAAAUUUACUUUAACUGCCGUCAUCGACAACAGCCAGCACUGUCAGUUGAUAGCUUUCAAGUAGUGGCGUGAAAGAUGGUGCGUGUUUCUACCAGAACUGGUGGGCUGCAGUCGCUGUUGACCGUAGUGGUGAUGGCAGUGGUACUAGUAGCUAGUCACACUGCCACUCUGUGCAGUGGUCAGCACACGUACGCCGUCACGUUCCCCUGCACCGUGCACCCGGGCCAGGCAACGGUGAUGAACGUCGCCCUGUUCGCCGGGAGCAGUGCUGUCAGCGUGCGUGCCGAGCUGCAAGCGGUCGGCGGCAAUUCGCUGGCAGCCGCGAACGUGGUCAUUGCUGCACGCUCUCAUGCCCAGGUGUCACUGCCUACGCCUAGUAGUGUUAAGGUUGGCUCGUCAGUUGUGCUCCUUGUGACGGGUACCGGUGGCCUGAUGUUCACCAACAAGACCACCGUCAUGGUCGCCAGUAGCUUCUCUAUCUUCGUACAGACCGAUAAGGGUGCGUAUCGUCCUGGCCAGACCGUGCGUAUGCGUGUAGUCACUGUGCAGCCUAAUCUAAAACCAUACAGCGGAUCGUUCAAUGUGCACAUUGCUGAUAACAGUAAGAAUCGCCUGGCCCAAUGGCUGAAUGUACAGCCUGUGAAUGGGAUAUGGAGUGAAGACUUCCCCAUCUCUGAAUAUCCACCACUGGGUAACUACACCAUAGAGGUGAACGCAUCCACAGCUCAGACAAGCACCCAGUUUGAAGUGCGUGAAUACGUCCUGCCGAAGUUCACCGUCUCUGUAUCGACAGUGCCCUACGUUGCCAAUGAUGAGAGCUCGGACAUUGUUACCUUCAUCAGCGCUCAGUACACGUACGGUAAAGCUGUCGAGGGAACUGCCAAGGUGGAGCUGUUCCUCAACAAUGUCUACCAGCGUUGCAGUGGAAGGAGCAAUCCGAGAAUCAGCCGUCAAGUGACACUCACCGCUGGCAAGAACGCUUCAGUCACGCUGACCAGGGCGCAGUUCAACAGUCUCUUCUGCUCGUCUAAUAGCUUUCAAGGCUACUUCCAAGGUCACCAGCAGCUAGUGGUCAAUGCCAGUGUCACAGAUCUUGUCAGCGGCGAGACACGCCACUCCAGCAGCAGCGCAGGACUCUUCUACUACGCCAAGCAGCUGGCGUUCGACAGUGCAGUGACAGCGAAUACCUUCAAACCUGGCAACAAGUACCUGAUACGCCUACUGUACAGCACGCCGGACAAGAAGCCUAUCAGCGGUGCCAGCAUUUCUAUUACCGUCAAUAGCAACGGCGCGGAGCAAAAAGCCACACUGACAACAAGGAACGGUGUCAUCAACCACAUUAUCACUGCUCCCAGGAGCUCAUCGUACAUGAGUAUCCGAGCUUACCCGACCAUGGGCGACAUGAACAACUACUACCGCUCCGUGUAUCUAAGUCCCUCCGUGGCUCUUUCACACACUGGCUCCUUUCUACAGCUUUCUGCGACCAAAGCCAACUAUGCUGCAGGAGAGACGGCAAGCUUCACUGCCACGGCCAUUGUUAACUCGACAUCGACUGUCUUCAGUCAGGUAGUGUACACCGUGCACUCACGAGCUACUCUGGUGCACCACGGCGUGGUACUGCCGACCGCCGGCUCAUUGACUGCGUCGUUCAGUUUCGUCGUCACGCCAGCAAUGGGUCCUUAUGCCAAGGUGCUUGCCUACUACGUGGCUAGUGGCGAGCUGGUGGUUGACUCGUUGUCGGUGAGUGUGAGUGGCGUGUUUGAGAACAAUGUUCAAGUGUCCUUUGGCCGGGCAGAAGCUCGCCCCAAUGACAACGUCACACUGACUGUGUCUGCAGAGGCUGGUUCAACUGUUGCAGUGUCCAUUGUUGAUCAGAGUGCACUUCUUGUCCGGCAAGCAAACACCAUAACAGCGAGUGGUGUCAGUGAGGAGCUUGCUCGGUACGACAGGAGUGGUCGACCUAUCUCGUACGACGGGCCUGUUUGGGCGCUCAUCGAACCCGCCAUCGUCAAUCGCCGUCGUCGACGCGAUGUAUUACCAGGCCCAUGGUACUACUAUGGCACUACGGCCGGCUCUAUCCUGCGCAGCGCUGGUAUAUGCAUUAUCUCCGAUCUCAAUGUGCCAGACAAUCCUUAUGUGCCAUUUUUCCUCGCUGAUUCCCCUGAUAGUGGUGGUAUUAACCCCGAGGUGGCUUCCUUUGAUAAAUCUGGUGGGGGGUCUUCAACGCCCACAGUGGGCGAAUCACUUGCCGUACCAGACCACACCCGUGACUUCUUCCCCGAGACCUGGCUGUGGGCCACUGCGAAUGCAUCGGCCAGCGGCACAGCAGAGUUUGAGACAGUCGUUCCCGACUCUAUCACAUCGUGGGUAGCGAGUGCCUUUGCUGUGUCGCCGAGCAAGGGCAUGGGUGUAGCACCGUCAACCGUCAAACUGCGCGCUUUCCAGGAGUUCUUCAUCUCGCUCAACCUACCGUACUCUGUGAUUCAAGGCGAGGAGCUUGUCCUCCAGGUCAAUGUGUUCAACUACCUGGACACCAGCCAAGAAACACUGGUCACAUUAGACUCCACGCCCAGCCUGAAGGUAACCGGUGCCAACGCUGGACAAGCAGCAAGCAAGACUAUUACAGUCCUGGCUGGGAAAGCACAGUCAGCCUUGUUUAUUGUCAAACCGACCAUAUCUGGUCGUCUUCCAAUCACCGUCACGGCCCGUGCUGGUUUAGCUGCCGACCGUGUCAUUCGUCAGCUGCUCGUUGAGCCGGAAGGUGUUACAAAGUCCUACUCGCAUGGUGUAUUCAUUGACCUGACCAACACUGGCUCAAUGACAGAGAAACUGCUCCUAUCACUUCCUACCGAGGGCUUAGUUCCUGGCUCAGCGCGGGCGGUCGUUUCAGUCGUUGGCGACAUCAUGGGGCCAGCACUUUCCAAUCUGGACAAGCUCUUAACCAUGCCGUAUGGCUGCGGCGAGCAGAACAUGGUAGCGUUUGCGCCCGACGUCUUCAUCACACGCUACCUCACCGCCAGCAGAAUGACCACGGGCAGCAUACUUUCCAAGGCCAAGCGCUUCAUGAUGUCCGGCUAUCAGCGUGAGCUGCGCUAUUGGCGCAAUGACUACUCAUUCAGUGCUUUCGGGCAGCGAGACAGCGUCGGCAGUCUAUGGCUUACUGCAUUCGUCGUCAAGUCUUUCUCACAAGCGUCGCCGUAUAUCUACGUGGACCCCAAUGUCAUAUCCAAGUCCCUGCAAUUCAUCCUGGCGCAGCAAACCAGCUCUGGUUCUUUCCGCCAGGUGGGUAUGGUGCACAGCUCGCAUCUGAAAGGUGGUCUGCAGGGGGACGUUGCACGCGCCGCCUACGUUCUCACCGCCUUGGUCGAAGCUCGCACUGUUCAGAACCGGCCGUCGAUUGCUCUCACCAGCGCAGUUGCUAAGGUGCAGUCCUACAUUGAAGGCCAGUUGAGCCUCGUCACAGAUAACUAUACACUGGCGCUGAGUACGUAUGCUCUGAAAUUGUCCGACAGCAGCCUGGCAUCGGAAGCUAUCACUUUACUACUUGCACGUGCUGACCGCACUGGAGGCACACUCAGUUGGCGCGACAGCCGCAAGCAGAUGGUCAGUUCUCGCUGGCGCUCUCCCUACUACCGCGCUCCAGCAGCGGAUGUGGAACUGACGGCCUACGGUCUACUGGCGCUGGUGCUGCACAAGCGCAUCGCCGAUGCCUCUGCGGUUGCACGCUGGCUUUCGUCCCAGCGCAACUCAUACGGCGGAUUCGAUUCUACACAGGAUACUGUUGUUGGUUUGCAAGCACUGGCUGAUUUCGCCAUGCUGGUCUCUGCCACACCACCAACCAUGAACAUCAAUAUAGCCUCGGAGGGUGGUGCAUCGGCAUUCUCACAGUCGUUCAGUGUGAACAGUGUGAAUUCAUUGGUACUGCAGCAGACGGAAGACUUCCCAGUGCCGUCCACUCUUGCCCUCAGUGCUACCGGGUCCGGCACGGUCAUUCUCUCUAUUGAGGUGUUCUACAACCAGUAUACCGAUGACGUCAAUGCCUACACUAUGGAUACGGACUGCUCGCUGUGGAAGCAAGGCGAGAGACUCGGCGCUACUUGCAAGUACUGCACACGUGCUGCUGCCACCACCUACGCAGACACGGGUAUGUCACUGCUAGAGAUUUCCUUGCCGUCCGGUUUCAGUGCUGACAUGGAUACGGUCAACCAAGCUCUUUCCAGAGAACCCAUGGCUGGGCGCGUGGAAACUCCCGACCGCCGAGUUGUCUUCUACUUGGAUGAGAUCAGCUCUCGUGAUACGUGCGUCUCCUUCGAUAUCGUCCAGAACUUGAUUGUUGGUCGGCUUCAGGCCAGCGCCGUGCGUACUAUCAACUACUACAACCCGUCGGUAAGCAAUGCCAGGCUGUACAAUGUGAGUGCAGAGGUGAUCCCGCUGUGCUGCCAGUGCCCGACGUGUGAUAGCUGCUCCAGCACCAGCACUACCAACUGUCCACAGUUCAGUACACGGCCUAGCGGCAGUAGCGCUGCUGCUCUGCCUGCUGUCACGACAACAACCACUGCUCUGGCCAUGCUUUGCUGCCUAGCCAUGACCGUGCUCUUCUGAUAAGCUCUGCUGUGAUUGAUACAUGGUUGACUGAUACAUGAACAGUACACGUUGAUGCACACGUCGGUGCUACCCCUGCUGCAACAGAACUGAAUGAUCACUUGUUCCUCGCUCUUCUUGGUUAGACAUAAUUAUACUUCUUCCCUUGACAAAAAGCAGUGCUUGUCAGCAACGGUUUAAAACUAUGCGUCUGUUUUGUUUGUACGUCUGCCACUCUCUCCAUUCUGAUUUUACUUUCCCUUAGCUGUACCCUUUAAAUAGACUUUUUAAAACAUUCCCUUUACUCUUUAGCUAUUUUUGGAAAUCUCACACCUUUGCACAUACGCCGGUUGUAUUGUAGUGAAUGGUGUAGACUUGACUCUCUCAGCCACAUGUUAAUAUAGCUACUCGUCCAAUGUACUCAGUAGUUCUUAGAUGUAUUGUGUCUCUGUUCAGCCAUUGUACAUGUACUGCAUGAAUUGCAUAGAAAUUAGAAAAGACGUAUCAUGCUUCACCGAAUCUUUGCUUUGCCAUCACAGUUUCGCUAGCUCGGCUCCUUUUACCACAAUUGAAAGACUAGAGUGGGCUGCAGUUAUACAAUUUUACAUGU